CUUUUCUACUCUUUAUACCUUCCUCACUUGCAAAUUUUCUGCACAGAGGGUAGGGUCAGAUUAAUGAAUAUAAUGGAAACGGAAAAAUAUAUCUGGAGGAACAACUAAUGCAAGAAAGUGUCCCUUGCAUUUCAUGCCCUUUUUGCUUUUUGUCUUCAACUAAGAAGGAGCAAAUCAGCUGUGUCUGUCCCAUCUUAAACUAUUUGAAAGUAUUAGAUCAAAGAAGCCAAGCUAAUAGCAGAAUCUUUUGCUGCGCAGAUAGAAAAAUCAGAUGGACGAGUUGUACAACAAGAUAGAGCCACAAAUGCUGCUUAAGAAAACCAUCCAAAAGACUAAAAAUUUCCUUCAGAAAACUCCUCAUAAUCUCAAGUCAUUUCUCUUUGGAGGUCACCACAAGCUACCUAAAGCUGCUCGUCACUUCAAUCCCUUUUUCUCAGUCAGCAAACGAUUUUCAGGCAGCAAAAGAAUCGCAAAGACUACUGUUAAGGAGUUGGAUGACUUGUACAAGGACUACUAUCAACAAUGGCAUCAACCUGAUCACAAUGAUAUUCCAGCGAGAAAGAUAACUUCCAAAAAUGCAAGGAAAUUUCAAGGUAUGGCUGAAGGAGAUUAUAGCGAAAGCCAGAGGAAACUUGCUGUGCGGUUUGGUAUGGAAGACAUAGAAAGAGAAAGGAGGAAGGAAGAUGAGAAGAAAGGGCAAGAGGUCUUAACACGAAGCACAAGUAAAGGGAGUCUCACUUUACUGCAGAAAAUGGAGGAAUUGGAAAUGGUGGAAGGAGAAGAUAUUGAUCACGUGCUAGAUAUAGAAGAAGUGCUCCAAUGCUACACUCUGCUAAACAGCCCAGUUUAUGUUGACAUUGUUGACCGAUUUUUCAUGGACAUGUACACUGAGUUCUCGAUUCGAAAACCAUCAGCCAGUGUCAACAGUUCAAUGCGAAGACUUGGUCCUCUCAAGCUCUAGAAACAAACAAGUAUGGUUUGCGUGUGCCUAUAAGAUUGUGAGUAGCGGUGCGAUUCCCAUCUUUUUUACUUCUGUUCCUGUUUGCUACUUGUUUUUCAGAUAAUAUGAAUUAAAAGAUCAA